AAGGUGCCCUGGGCACCUGGGGGCUCUGCCCACUGCUCCCACCGGCCAUGGGCAACAGGGUGACUCGGGGGGACUUCGAGUGGGUGUAUACAGACCAGCCACAUACCCAGCGGCGCAAGGAAAUCCUCGCCAAGUAUCCGGCAAUCAAGUCCUUAAUGGGCUCAGACCCCCACCUGAAGUGGAUCGUGUCCAGCAUGGUACUGACUCAGCUGUUGGCCUGCUACUUGGUCAAGGACCUUUCCUGGAGGUGGCUCUUUUUCUGGGCCUACGGCUUCGGGGGCUGCAUCAACCACUCGCUGACCCUGGCCAUCCACGACAUCUCGCACAACGUGGCCUUUGGGAACAAGCUGGCCAAGUGGAACCGCUGGUUCGCCAUCUUUGCCAACCUGCCUGUCGGCGUGCCCUACUCCGCCUCCUUCAAGAAGUACCACAUCGACCACCACCGCUACCUGGGCGGGGACAUGCUGGACGUCGACAUCCCCACGGACUUCGAGGGCUGGUUCUUCUGCACCCCGGGUCGGAAGCUGGUCUGGCUCAUCCUCCAGCCUCUGUUCUAUGCCCUGAGGCCACUGUUAGUCAACCCCAAGGCCGUCACCGAGAUGGAGGUGCUCAACUUUCUGGUGCAGCUGGCGGCAGACGGGGCCUUGUACGCCCUGUGGGGACUGAAACCCGUGGUCUACCUGGUCGCCGGCUCCAUUCUGGGGAUGGGGCUGCACCCCUUCUCCGGCCACUUCAUCGCAGAGCAUUACAUGUUCCUGAAGGGCCAUGAGACCUAUUCCUACUACGGGCCUCUGAACUGGAUCACAUUUAACGUGGGCUACCACAUGGAACACCAUGAUUUCCCCAGUAUUCCAGGAUGCAAGCUGCCCCAGGUGCGGAAGAUCGCGGCUGAGUACUACGACCAUCUGCCCCAGCACUCCUCCUGGGUGCAGGUCCUCUGGGACUUCAUCUUCGACAGUGCCAUCGGACCUUACUCCAGGGUUAAACGGGUGUACAAGCGGGCAGAGGAUGGUCUAUGACCCUGCGGUGAGGGGUCAUGGCCUGUCACGGCAGGGUCUCCCCCUGCCCCUGGACCUUACUCUGACUCCUCUGAAGCGACGAGCCAGCCAGCCUGGACGGAGCAGACAUUCACCACUCUCCUAUUUCAAGAAGGGGAUGUGUUCCCCUGGUGGUCACAGUCUCAGCGUUUCCCAGCUUGCCCCGGCCACC